AUGAAGAGGUCUCUAGAUCGUUCUUCUAAUGCUUCCAUUGCUUCACCUUCGUCAUCAUCUUCAACUAUACCCGUAAUAAUAUCAGAGAAACCCAAGAGUAAAAGGGUUAGAACACACCAAAACACUCACGAGAAAUGUAGCUCGAAAGCUAACUCUGCUAGAAGAAGCUCUGUUUACAGAGGAGUCACCAGGCAUAGAUGGACUGGGAGGUUUGAGGCUCACCUCUGGGACAACUCUUCAUUGAAUAACAUCCAGAGCAAGAAAGGAAAACAGGUUUAUUUGGGGGCUUAUGAUAGCGAGGAAGAUGCAGCACGGACCUAUGAUCUCGCAGCUCUCAAGCAUUGGGGCACCCAAACCACUUUGAAUUUUCCGAUAGAUCGAUAUGAGAAAGAGAUUGAAGAGAUGAAGAAGGUGACGAAGGAAGAGUACUUGGCUUGCCUACGGCGGCAGAGUAGUGGAUUCUCGAGGGGAGUCUCGAAAUACAGAGGGGUGGCUAGGCAUCACCACAAUAGUAAAUGGGAAGCGCGAAUUGGUCGAGUUUUCGGCAACAAAUAUCUCUAUUUAGGAACUUACGACACACAAGAGGAAGCAGCAGCAGCAUAUGACAUGGCAGCAUUGGAGCACCGGGGGGCUAAUGCCGUCACCAAUUUCGACAUCAGCCGUUACAUAGAACGUUUGAAGCAGAAAGGGAUUUUGUUUCUUGAUCAACCGCAAGGACAGAGUCCCGAAUCGGCAGAAGCUCGACCGAUAGAACCUGAAGAAAAAGAACAACCGCCGCAGGAACAGCAACAACAGCAAGGAUUAGAAGAAGCUGUUGAUAUAACUCAGCUUUUUCAGUACAUGCAAACGCAGCUGCCUCUAUGUGUUGAAAACGCGACCAUGUUCAGAACGGACACGACCGAUGGCAACGAGCUAGCAUGGAGUUUCUGCAUGGAUUCAGGGUUGACAUCUUUUUCCGCUCCGGAUUUCACUCUCGAGAAAGCUGGCAAAUCACCAAACCUGUUCGAUGAUAUAGCGUUCAACGAUAACAUUGACUUGAUAUUCGACUUGAGGCAUGAAGAUAACGCAGCCAAGUGGGAAUGGCCCGUCGGAUGA